AUGCCUUCCACACUUCUCAAAACAUCCAUCUUCCUCGCCUUUCUCCAUUUCACCAGCGCCCGACCGCAAACCCAAACGCAAGCCGGCUCCUUCGCCAUCGGCGCCGUGGACGACUGGGCCUCCAGCGGCAACUAUCUCAUCUACUCCUGCGGGUCCGAAGUCCCUAACGUCAAAAACAUCCUAGACUCCACCUACCUGUCGCUGCAAACUGCGAUGCUAUCCACCGACAGCGCCGCUUACAAGGCCUUCUUCCGCACCGCACUUCCCAGUUCCGUGUCCGCCGUGCUCAGUGCCAUUGCCGCCGGCACGAACAUCACGACCCCAAGCCACGGGUCGCGCCGCCCGACCGUGGUGUGCGUGAACGCAAUGGACCCGCAGAUCCGCACGUUCUGGACAAUCUGCCGGCACUCGGAACAUACGGUGGUGAUCCAACCCCCGGGGACGGCCCUCGUGUUCCUCUGUCCCAUCUUCUUCGACAGAAACCCACUCCCCCAGCCCGCAGACUGCGGCGUUGUGAACCACGCCCGCACGGGACUGAUCGCCCACAACUACAUUGCCGGGACGCAGUACGGCUUCUUGGUGCAAGCGCUCGCGGAAGUUUAUAUCCGGGAGACGAGGUAUGGAGGGAAGGCGGUAGGCGGGGACGUUCGGGACGAAAAUGCAUGCCUGGCGCUACCGCCUAGUCAAGCCUUGAUGAACCCGAGCAGUUAUGCCUUCUAUGUCUCGAACCUUCGAGCCGGAUGUACGCAGUUUCCGUCCCGGGUGCCGAUCAACAUGGACAGGGAGUUAUUGGCGAUUGACGGAGCUGGUGGCGGAAAUGUGACGGACGUCUUGACGAAUGGUUGCUUCGAUGUUGGAGCGAACUCGACGACUUGCCCUCUGUGA